CCCUGGUUUUCCAAUAACCCCUGGCCCCCCAACACCUAGAAGCAAAAACCAUUGUCAUAUUCGGAAUCAGCAUAGUCGAUAACCUAUUCUCCAUUAGGUUUCAACAAAAAAGCGAGCGGACACUUGGGGCAGUUCCCUCGUAAGUGCCAUUCAGUUACGAGUGAGAACAUAGAUCAGCGCAUUGUGAUGGACAAUGAAGAAGUUACAUUACCCGAAAUAGCCUGAAUCACAACCGACAAUGAAAAAGCUUUAGCUUGCGAUAGAUUCAUCAUACCAAAAGCACCAGUUAAAGUGGGUACACCAAUAAAUUUGAUAUAUAACCAAUCAGUCAAUCCAGAUUAUAAAAAACUAAUUAAUCUACAAGAAGCUUUAGCUAAUGAAACACACUGGGCAAAAUUGCCUUAUAUCUCAUCAGAUAUGCAAGUCAUUUUAGAUUUUAUAGCAAGUACUCCCAAACCAGUAGCAAUACAUGAUUUUAAAAUUUGGAGUGAUCAACCGAUUUCAUACACUACAAUCGCAAUGUUGGGAACGUUAAUCUCAACAGUAAUAGUUCUUAUAUUCUGUAUUUACAGUAGGAAGAAAACGGGUGGACCCAAUACUAAUAUCACAAUUUCAAUGCCGGCAAUGAAAAAAUUGCUAGCACAAGAAGCUUGA